AUGACGUCUCCCCUGUGCAGGGCGGCCUCGGCCAACGCCCUGCCCGCUCAGGACCAGGUUUCGACGCCCUCUUCCAAGGCCAAGGGCAGUAAGGCUCGGGCCGAGCGCCGCCACCCCCGAGGCAGGGGCGCGGCACAGGCCUGGCCCCCACUCCAUUCCAAAGCGGGGUCCCUCCACAGGGGUGUGGGGAAGCCGUCUGUGUACUCGCAGGUGACUGAGCUACAAAAGAAGAUACAACUGUUAGAGGGUGACCGGAAGGCUUUUUAUGAGAGCUCCCAGUGGAAAAUCAAGAAGAACCAGGACACCAUCAACCAGCUCCAAGAGGAGACUAAGGCACUGCAAGUACAGCUGACAGACCUGCUGCAGAGAGAAGAAAAAGUGGUCCAGGCAGUGAUCUAUGAAUGGAAGUCAGAGAGGCCAUACCUGAAGAACAAAACAGGCCAGGCCCUGGAGCACCUGGACCACCAGCUGAGUGAGAAGGUGAACCAGCUGAAUGCUCUGCGGCACCAGAUAGUGCUGCGCCAGCGGCGGCUGGACGAGCUCCAGCUGCAGCACAGGCUGCGCCAGCUGGAGAUGGCCGAGGCGCAAGACAGCAACGCGGAGGUGGCCAAGACCAUGCGGAACCUGGAGAACCGCCUGGAGAAGGCCAGGAUGAAGGCUGAGGAGGCAGAAAACAUUACCAGUGUGUACCUGCAGCUCAAGGCCUAUCUGCAGGAGGAGAGCCUUAACUUGGAGAACCGGCUGGACUCCAUGGAAGCCGAGGUGGUGAAGACCAAGCAUGAACUGGAGGAACUGCACGUGGUGAACCAAGAGGCUCUCAAUGCCCGGGACAUUGCCAAGAACCGGCUGCAGUAUCUGGAGGAGAACAUGUUACGGGAGCGUAAGAAGCGUGACCGCUACUUAAAUGACUGCAAGAAGCGCGCGGAGGAGAAGAAACUAGAGAACGAGCGCAUGGAGCGCAAGACCCAGCGUGAGCACCUGCUGCUGCAGUCUGAUGAUACGCUCCAGGACCACCAGCCCUCUAAGGAGGAGGAGCUGCGGAAGCGCUGGGGCAUGUAUCAGAUGGAGGUGAUCUUCGGCAAGGUCAAGGACGCCACCGGCGCGGCUGAGACGCACUCGGUGGUGCGGCGGUUCCUGGCCCAGGGCGACACCUUCGCGCAGUUGGAGACGCUCAAGAGGGAGAACGAGCAGUCGCUGGUGCGGCUGCAGCAGGAGAAGCAGCGGCUGCAGCAGGAACUCGAACACCUCAAGUACUCAGGGGAGGCCACGCUGGUGAGCCAGCAGAAACUGCAAGCCGAGGUGCAGGAGCGCCUCAAGGCCGAGGAGCAGCGGCAAGCGGAGGCACAGGAUCAGCUGGAGCGCACCUUGCGGGCCAUGCAAAUAGCCAAGGAGGGCCUGGAGCACCUGGCGAGCAAGCUGAAACACGUCACCGUGGAGGACAGCCGCUUCGCGGGAAAGGUGUUGGAUCCCAAGGCGGGUGACUACUUGCCGAACUUGCUGGGCCUCGUGGAGGAAAAGCUGCUGAAACUGCAGGAGCAGCUCCAGAACUACAACGUGUCAGAGAUGCUGCGCCACAUUGCCGAUCGCGAGUUCCUCGCCAGCUUAGAGGGAAAGCUGCCCCAGUACAACACCCGCAUCCCUCUGCCCCUUGCCAGUCCCAAGGACAAAUUCUUCGACGAAGAGGAGAGUGAGGAGGAGGACAGCCACGUGGUGACCCGCGCGGCACUCAAGAUCCGUUCCCAGAAAUUAAUGGAAACCCGCAACAAGAGGCGCAGUCGGUCGCGGAGAAACUAG